AUGGUGAUGCGCUCUCUGCGCUCGCUUUCCGUCUUCGUGCCUUUUCUUGUGGCCUCCGUUUCGGCGUUCUCCUCAGUCCCUGAGGGUUCACCCUCUCCGUCGCCCUCCCCUUCUCCGUCUCCGUCUCCGUCGCCGCUGCCACCACCGGUCGUCGAUCUCUUCUUCGGCACCGGCGGCUCCUCCAGCAACGUGCUGCUUCUCAACGACGGCAAUGGCGGCUUUGCAGGAGAGGAAAUGCCCGGCACUGCGCUCGAGACCACCUCGGUCGCGCGCGGCGACUUCAACGGCGACGGGACGCCAGACCUGCUCCUCGGCAACCGCUACACCGGCUGGGACAACGCACCCAACCAGCUCCUCCUCGGGAACGGGGACGGCGGCUUUGACGACCCGAUUGAUCUGAACGGCACCGAUAAGCUGUCGACGUGCGGCGUCGCCGUCGGCGACGUGGACGGGGACGGCUUUGACGACCUCGUCUUUGCCAACGGCAACGGCUGCAGCAACGGCGCCAAACAAGAGUCGUCCAUCAUGUACGGCAAGGGAGGCACCGUCUUUGAGGCGCCGGUGGUGCUGCCGGGCGGCGAGUUGGAUGGCACCUCGGCCGUUAUUGGCGACGUGACCGGCGACGGCAUGAACGACAUCGUCCUCGGAUUCCAGCUGUAUGGGGGCGCGAAGCUGCUCAAGAACAACGGCGACGGCACCUUCGACGUGGUCACGCUCACAGAGAAGUACGUCAACGCCAUUGGCCUCCACGACAUGAACGGCGACGGACACCUCGAUCUCGUGCUCGCGUGCUACCUGCAGAACAACAUCCUCUUCCUCAACCCGGGCGAUGGCAAUUUCACCACCUCUGUCGAGCUCCCGAAAGUUGGGUCGUCUUCUGGCUCGUCCGACCUCGCGAUCGGCGACAUGGACGGCGACGGCGCCCCGGAUGUCGUCUUUUGCGGCACGUACGACAACUGGGUGCUCUGGAACAAGCCAGACGCCCACGACGGCGACGACUUCUUUGACUACUACCAAGUGGUCGGGCCUCGUACCGACGGCGCGGUCGCCUUGGGCGACGUCUACGGAAGCGGCUACCUUGACAUCGUCCUCGGUGGCAGCAACUAUGGUGGCGAGUCCAACGUGGUCGAAAACAGGGGCAACCGCGGCUUUGGACGCGUCUUCAAGCUCGACCAAGCUGAGCUCAAGAACAAGUACGUGAAGGACAUCAUGCUGCUUUAA